AUGACAUACACAAUCUCUGAGAUCACCGACUUGCGAAUCUAUCCCAUCAAGUCAUGUCGUGGAAUUUCCGUGGAAUCAGCAAGACUCACACGGGAAGGGCUGGAGCUUGAUAGACGAUGGAUGUUCAUCGACAAUGACCAUAAAUUCGUCACAAUUCGCUCCAAACCACAAAUGACCUUGAUCAACACCUCAAUCGACCAUGAGUCUGGUAGUCUCGUCAUCAGGAUUGGUAAUGAUCAUGGAAAGCAAGUCAAUGUACCCAUCCAUCCAGACCAGGAAUGGCUCGACGCGAACGCCACACUGGUAUCGGUAGACAUAUGGGACAACAUUACCGAUGCGUAUGCUUACACAGACCCGAAAAUCAAGUCAUUGUUCUCCGAAUUCUUCGGGGAAUCGGUCGCAUUGGUGGUCAAAGGUCCAGAGCCGAGGAUUUGUCGCGGUAAUGGUGAUGCGACACUUCUAGGUCGCGUGGAGAAAGUCAACUUUCCCGAUGUACUCCCUGUUCUUAUAGCUUCCGAAUCAUCACUUGAGGAACUGAACGCGAGACUGAGGGAGCUGAGCGAGUGCGCGAUCACAGUUGAGCGUUUCCGGCCAAACAUCAUAAUCAAGGGCGGUGAGCCGUGGUCCGAAGAUUUCUGGAAAACAGUACGCAUCAAUGGCGAUUCCUCGCUUUUCACCACGAUCACAGGAGGAAAUCGCAAUGCUCUCGACCUCGAUGUAGUCGCCAGGUGUGCGCGGUGCACGGUACCGAAUGUGAAUCCGGAUACGGCAGAGAAAAAUCCGCAUCAGCCGUGGGAUCUCUUAGUGAGCUAUCGAAGAAUUGAUGAGGGCAUCAAAUUCAAGCCCUGUUUCGGCAUGCUGUGUUGUCCUCGGAACGAAGGCGAUGUUAAGGUCGGGAUGCGGUUCGAGGUCAUGGAGAUCACCCAUGCUCACAGGUAUCUCAAAGGGUUCUAA